AGUUCACAAUUAAUUCACUAAUUCAACAAUUUACUAACUACACGUUACUUGCAAUUGGAAAAUUAAACUAAUUUAAUCAACCGAAGUGAUCAAAUUAUGGACCAGUUUCAUUUACCUCUUUCUACUUUUGUGACACCUUUUGGUUUAUCGUUUGUCUCUCUCUCUCUCUCUCUCUCUCUCUCUCUCUCUCUCUUUCAAUAUUUACCUUUUUUUUUGCUUAAUUGUUGCUAAUUAAUCUCGGAAUCAGUGAUUGUGAUUUAUUAAUCGAUUUGCUGAUUAUUGACUGUUUUUUUCUUCUGGUACCAAUUGGUUUCUAUUAUUUUCUAUCAGACUAAAUAUCAAAGUGAAAGUGAGACGGUUAAAAAAAGGAUUCAAAAAGGUUGGUUCAUUUGUGACAAUCAAUCGUCAAGAAUCAAUUGUGUUAUUGGUUUAGUUUAUUGGCUAAUUUAGCUAAUUACAAGGUAAACUGAAAUAUCGGAUUUUCCAAGUAAUCAGAUUCACUAAUCAACCAUAUUAAGGUCAAUUUAUUAUGGAGAUGUUGAAGUAAUUAAGCUACUAAUUGUUAUCAGCGAGAUGCUGAUUUAAUGAUAACUCAAAAUAACCCAAACAUUUACCAAGAAGUUGUUGCCAUGCAAAGAGAUGAUCUUUCUGAGCCUGGAUUACAUUAUAUUUUGAUUGCGACCAAUUAUUCAGUUUAACAGAUAAAUUGAAUUUAUUAAAUUCAUAUUCAUGAUUCAUUUAAUCAUUGAUAAUUCGUCACUGGCUAUCAUCUGUAUCCUUUUGUUUUCAUCUUUUCCCCAAAAAGAGUAAGAGUUAUUGAUUUGUGGAACCAAAUUGCGCCUCAAGAGAAAGAGAGACAGUUAUGAGUUUAGCUACUUCAUUGAUUGACCUGAAAGCAGAAUUAUUAAAGAAGAGGGAAGAAUCUAAAUCUGAUCGGGAUCCCCAGGUUAACGUUAAAGGAGGUCAAAAGUGGAAAUUAUUAGCCGAUAAAAUUGAUGUUAAAAAUAAAGUUAAACAGUUGAAAGCUCGUAAGGAGAGGACAUCGGAUGAAGACGAAAGGAAAAUCAUCGAUGAAGAGAUUGAAAAACAGUUGAGAUUAUCUCGAGAAGCCUUGGAAAGAAAAGCAGCCAUUUAUGAGGCUCGAAUGGGUAAAGCAAUGGAAGGUAUUUUCCAAGAUUCUGAUGAAGAAUCGGAAGAUGAAGAUAAAAGGUGUCUUAUUAAUUUCGAUGGAAAAGCAUUGGAGCAGAUUAAAAUUCGAAAUGAGGAGAGACGUCAAGCUGAAAGUCGGCUGAGAGGUUACAAGCGGAAAGAAGAUGAAGAAGAUUCUGAAGAUUGGGUCGAAUUUACAGAUUCUCUUGGUCGAACUAGACGAUGUCUUCGAAAAGAUUUAAAAUUCUUUGUGGAUGCAGAUAAACAUCUCGAAAAAGAUGAAAAACUAGAACCACAAUCAAGUGGAUUGAAGAAAUUUAAAUUAAUCGAUAGUGAUGAAGACGAUGAAGAUAAUUACAGAGAGGAAGAAAAAUCAAAUGAACAAGGACCAGUUCAUUAUACUGAUGUUCGAUACAACGAAGUUCGUGAUCAUGGUGUUGGAUUUUAUAAACUUUCUGGUGAAUCAGAGGAAAGAACCAAACAAUUGGACCAAUUAAAUCAGUUACGUGAACAAACAAUUGAACAGAUUAAAGUGAAAGCCAAAGAGAAGGAGAAAAAAUCAAUCGCAAUUGAACAAAGAUUAGCUCGAAUAGCAGCUCGAAGAGGAAUCAAAUUUAAAAGUAAAUCAUCAACCAAUUCAAAUGAACAAAACACCAACAAUGACGAUCAUUAAAUCAACACCUCAAACAAUUAACUCUCACACCAGAUUAUAGCAAAAAAUCAACUUCCAAACUCACGCCAAUUAAUCUGUAAAUUUAAUUUUCUAUGUCAA